AUGAACCAGCUCGAUGAGGCGCUGAGCUCCCUCAUCGGCCAGUGGAAUGGCUAUUCCACUGGUUUGAUCACAGCCCUCGUGCUGAUCAUCACCUACUCUAUUAUGACGAGGGUCGAGGCGGAAAUCCACCCCAUGCUGCUUGCCCGUCAGGCUCAGGGUUCUCCGGUCCGUCAAGAAGGCGAGUCGCCAAUUUACAGAGGCAGCUCGGCACCUCAUGGUAUGCCCCUCAACAGUGGUUUAAAUGUCAAGGAGCCCGGUGCUUCAAAAUGGUCGACCGGUCGCGAUGGAGAUCUUAGAGAUAUCUGGAAAAGAUCUGUUCUCGGUACUCCUGAAGGAGAGGCGCCUAAGGGCAAGGGCAAGAUCUUGACAGUGUUGGGCAGUCAGAAGGUCAUUGAGCAUAAGCAUGACAGCAUAACUCGAGCCAUCAACCUGAUCGGUCAGCAAAUCUCUUCUCAGGGCGGCAGCAAGGUAGCCAUCUACCUCCCCAACUCGGUUGAGUUUUUGGCCACCCUGUUCGCAUGCAGCUUCUACAACCUGACUGCUAUUCUUCUCCCUUUCGAUGAGCCGGAAGAUGUCAUCGUCUCCAUGCUUCAGCGAUCUGGUGCCGACACCGUUGUGACAGCCCCUGGCGCAUUCCCCUUCGACAUCGUUGUCAAGAGCUAUCCUGCCCUGAAGCAACUCAUCUGGGUCGUCGACGAGGGUAGCAAGCACCUUGACUGGAACGAAGUGCCAAAGGGUGUGGGCGGCAGCGUCAAUGUCUCUACUUGGCAGGACAUCCUGAAUGAUGUCCCGGUUGCCGCUGGCACUGACCUGCUUUCUUAUGACGAAUCCAAGGAACCCAAUGAUGUUGUUAUCUUCUGGAAGACCAAGCCGGGGAAUCUCGAGGAGAUGGUUCGUUUGACUCAGAAAAAUCUGGUUUCCGCCGUAUCAGCUCAGCUUACGGCCGUGCCCUCUCACUCGCGCUUCUCGCCUGCUGAUCUAUUCCUCCCUGCUGCAUCUCUCUCUGACUCAUUCCCGUUGGUCCUUACUCUCGCAGCACUCUACUCCAACGCCUCUGUGGCACUGAACUCGGUCGCUGGGACGUCGUCAGACAUCGCCCUGGCAACCAUUGGCAUUGCACCCACCGUCGUUGUAGCCACUCCCGAGACAAUGCGGAAAACACAUGUCGAGACUACUGGCAAGCUGACCUCCGCCAUCGCUAGUGUUGCUCACUGGGUCCAGACUCGCAGUCUUGUGCAGAACGGUGCCAUGCCAGUGGCCUCAUUCCUCACCCAAUUCACCGACAACCUGCGGCCCAGUAUCGGCGUCACCCCUGGCAAGCUGCGUCUCCUCUACGUUGCCGACUCGGCGGGCGCAGACACCCCCACCCUCUCGGAACACACACUUUCGGACCUUCGUAUCUUCACUGGAGCCAGAGUCAUAUAUGCUCUGACAGCGGCCAAGGUCGCUGGAUCUGUCGCACAGACUCAAUACCACGAUUACCGCGUCCAUGGCGAUGGGACUGGAUCCCACUUUGGACCGCCGGUUAGCAGCGUCGAAGUCUUCCUGAGGGAUAGUGGCAGCCAUAAGACCGCUGAAGAUGGGUCGACUAUCGAAGGCCAGAUCAUAGUUCGUGGUCCCGCCGUUUCUGGUGGACUGGCAGAGCUGGGGGUAUUGGGUAAGAUCAGGGAGGAUAACACGCUAGCGUAUGUGUAG